AUGCCUCGCUACGGCUUGAUCCCUUCCAAAGAUCGUGGCCAGGUGGCAACAGCGACGGAUAUAUCCGACCGCGGAGAGGAUCCCCGGAAAAUCCCUCGUACGUUAAAGGAGUGGGCGCCUUCAUGGUUUUGGAGAGUUAGCGUUUCAAUCCUAUUGAUAACCAUCCCCGUUGCAUACAUCAUAUUGGUCGCUAUGGUUGCGUAUUUCAACGACAAGGAACAAAGUCCCCUUGGAGACGAUAUACUUGAAGUUUUGCAAAUUGCCUCAACGCUAUGGCCCAUCUCCUUCGCCGCUAUAGCCGGGCCGUGUCUCAAGACUCUUGCCCUCUACCGCACCGAACAGGGCUCAUCUAUAGGAUCUCUCGAUUUUCUCUUGACCAGCCAGACUACCGUGGCUGCUUUCAAGAAUGUCUUUACGGUACAGCACAUUACUGCAUGGUCCAUAGGUAUUGCAUUCGUGUGGUAUCUCAGUCCUCUUGGAGGCCAAGCCGCCGUCAGGUCCUUGCACCUACAACCGAUCUCGACAGUCACAGAAGUUCCUGCCCUAUACUACUUGGGAAGCAACAUAUCGGAUUUGAAUUUCUUCUACAAUGGGAGUGUCGAUGCUGCGGUGUUUAGCGGAGGCUCGACUCAAAGCUCCCUCAUCUCCAUGUUUCAAAGCGCCAUCGUCACAUUAUUCUACAUGCCUAAUACACUCAUCUCUCACGCCAAUGGCUCAACUGAUGGGUUUGACUCUGCUAUCGCCGCACUUAGAGGAAAGUUACAGGCUACUCGAUUAGGACAACGAGACUUAUGGCGUAACGUGCGUAUUCCAUUCAUGGAGUUACUUCCAGAUUAUAACCCUAAUGAUCCCUCGUCUUAG